AUGGUAAUUGAAUGCUUGUCACCUGGAGGAUUGACAGGGCGAACUGCGAAUUUUCGGAUACGAGAUAUCCAUCCUAGUCACUAUGGACGCAUUUGUCCAAUUGACACGUCUGAAGGAAUCAACGUUGGGCUUAUUGGAUCCUUAGCAAUUCAUGCGAAAAUUGGGCAUUGGGGCUCUCUAGAAAGCCCGUUUUAUGAAAUCUUUGAAGAAUCAAAAUCAAAAAAAAACCGGAUGUUUUAUUUAUCACCAAAUAGGGAUGAAUACUAUAUGAUCGCAGCAGGAAAUUCUUUGGCACUGAGUCGAGGUAUUCAGGAAGAACAGGUUGUUCCAGCUCGAUAUCGUCAAGAAUUCCUGACUAUUGCAUGGGAACAGGUUCAUCUUCGCAGUAUUUUUCCCUUCCAAUAUUUUUCUAUUGGAGCUUCCCUUAUUCCUUUUAUCGAGCAUAAUGACGCGAAUCGAGCUUUAAUGAGUUCUAAUAUGCAACGUCAAGCAGUUCCGCUUUCUCAGUCCGAGAAAUGCAUUGUUGGAACUGGAGCGGAACGACAGGUGGCUCUAGAUUCAGGAGUUUCUGUUAUAGCCGAACAUGAGGGAAGGAUCAUUUAUAACGAGACUGACAAAAUUUUUUUAUUAGGCAAUGGGGAUAUUUUCAAUAUUCCAUUAGUUGUGUAUCAACGUUCUAACAAAAAUACUUGUAUGCAUCAAAAAGGUCGGGUUCAGCGGGAUAAGUGCAUUAAAAAGGGACAAAUUUUAGGAGAUGGUGCCGCUACAGUUGGUGGCGAACUCACUUUGGGUAAAAACGUAUUAGUAGCUUAUAUGCCGUGGGAGGGUUACAAUUCUGAAGAUGCGGUACUCAUUAGCGAGCGUCUGGUAUAUGGAGAUAUUUAUACUUCUUUUCACAUACGGAAAUAUGAAAUUCAGGCUCAUGUGACAAGUCAAGGUGUUAUUUCCUUGAUAGUGCACCAUAAUCACACAAUUCCGAAAUUAUCAAAAGAAAUUACAAAAAAUGAAGAUUCUAACGCAAGCGCAUGA